AUGAAUACAAAUCUCACUUAGGAUGAUGAUUCAAUUGAAUUUUAAAAAGCUGUCACCUCUCCAUACAAAUGUCCACAGCAUCUACUAAUUAUUAAUGACAGUUUGUUCCUAUCAUCCUUGAGAGACUAUGAAGAACCUGAAGAGACUUUUCUAAUUGUUUCUGAAAUUCAAUAAGACAUUCAGAUUGUGAUCAGUUCAAAAUUUGUUAAAGUAAAUAUAUAAAUAAUGACUAGAGGAUCAGAUAUACCAUAUCUAAUCCUUAUAACACAGAAUUGAUUAUAAGUUCCUUAAGAAGAGCUCAAUAAUUCAACGAUGAUAAUUUAUCAUAAGUACAUUCAUAUUGAAUGUUUAGGUUCAUUAAUACGUCAUUGAAAAUAAAACUACUCUACAGAUAUACACUUCCUACGCUAAUUAGUACAACUAUUUGUAGGAACGUGUUUAAACCGAAUCCAGAAUAUUAUCAAAUGAAAUUAAGUUAAGAUCAUAUCUUUACAGUAUUUUAGAAGGACUAAAAUACAUUCAUCAAAACAAUUGUGUUCAUAUGUGCAUCAUCCUCCAAAAUAUAGAGUGUCACAAAGAAGAGUACAGAUAAGUAAUUUUUCCUUAAUUCUAGUUAAAAAUAAGUCGAUUCGAGACAUUAUCAGAAAUCAAAACUAAAUUAAAUCCUGAUCUUAGGAAAUAUCUGAUGAAAACAAUUCCUCAUAUACCUCCUGAAUUAGCAGAUCUUAAUUAUUUAGUUUAACCUUCUUUUGAUAUAUUUUGUUUAGGAGUAGUUAUAUUUCAAAUGUGUACUUGUCAAUUACCUGAAGAUAAUUCAAGAACCAAUCGAUUAAUUCUCAAAAAGUUUGUUUCAAAGGAGUUGGCUAAUAUGAUCUUAUUAAUGUUGGAUGCCUAAGCAGACAAUAGACCAACAGCUACUACUUUAAUUGAUAAUUAAUGGUUCAACAUUUGAUA